GUUACUGGCCAGUAUAGCGAAUAUCUUGCGAAUUGAUUCGCCUAGAGACUCACCAAAAGCUGACCAGGGUCAUUGCGUGUCAUGUCCCACCUCGUUCCUCUAGCUGAACUGCCUGGUGGUAAGAAGGUAUACAGCGUCCGUGGCCAAAAAUUCGAAAUUGAUAAGCGCUAUGAUCUGAUUAAAGUCGUGGGGUUUGGAGCCUAUGGAACGGUGUGCUCAGCCAUCUGCAAUGACUCCGGCGAGCGUGUGGCAAUCAAGAGACUGGCGCGCGUUUUUGGCGACCUGCGCGAAGGUAAACGCAUUUUACGUGAAAUGGAAAUUAUGACGUCAUUGAAGCACACAAACCUUAUUCGCCUCCAUCACUUCAUGCGACCUCAAUCGAAGGAAACGUUCGAAGACAUGUAUUUGGUGAUGGACUUGUACGACACAGAUCUUAAUCGUAUUAUUCGCAGCAGGCAAAAACUCACCGACGAGCAUCUGCAAUAUUUCAUGAUUCAAGCCUUCCGCGGCUUACAUUAUCUGCAUUCCGCAAAGGUGAUGCAUCGCGAUCUCAAGCCGAGUAAUCUGCUGGUGAAUGCGGAUUGCGCGCUCGCGAUCUGCGACUUUGGACUUGCUCGCGACGACGACGUCAUGAGCUCCUCUGAUCUGACGCAGUACGUUGUCACGCGUUGGUAUCGACCACCUGAAAUUUUGGGAAUGGGCUCAAACCAGUACACGAGCGCGGUAGAUGUGUGGAGCCUAGGGCUGAUCUUCGGCGAACUCAUGGUAGGACGCACACUGCUGCCAGGGACGGAUUACAUCGCGCAGCUCGUAAUGAUAAUCAACCUGCUAGGGUCGCCAUGUAUGGAAGACAUGGAAUUCCUUAGCCCAGCGGCAAAGACGUUUAUUCUCUCCCAACCACACCGGGCGGCAAUCCCUUUCAAAGACAUUUUCCCCAUGGCAACACCAGAGGCGGUGGAUCUUCUCUCUAAACUGCUAGUGUUUCAUCCGGCAAGGCGGCUGACAGCGAAGCAGGUAAUGGAGCACCCUUAUUUUUCUAAAUUUAGAGAUGCAACGGAAGAAGCUGACGCACCGCAUCCUUUUGUGUGGAAUCACAGCCACAUAGAGACGGCAGAGCAACUUCGCGAAGAUCUGUGGAGGGUCGUGGAUGCUCAUUCAGCCCCAAACGAGUAA